AUGUUAAUUGGGCCCAUUUUACUGUGCAAACUUCGAGUGGAGGAUAUACUCAAAGCACUCUACAUUGUUUCAUUUACAAUAUUCACAAGUGGAUUAAUUCUUACUUAUUUUAUGCCUGCGGUUGCUUUGGGAUUGUUUAUAAUCGCUCCAAUUUGUGUUACUCUUGGAACACCCUACUUUAUUUUGAAAUGGCUUGAAAAUAUUUGGAGAAGACUUUCUACGACCAGACUUGAAAUUUGGCAGCUUAUAAUUUACUGGAUUAUAAUUAUGUGGUUACUCGAAGUAACAAAUUACAUUAGCGGAUGUUUUGGAUUUGGCGGUUGGUUAGAGUGGUAUAAACAUUCAAGAGAGAAAAAGGAUCGUCAACAACGUGCACAAAUGCAAUUCAGGGCAGAACGAAGUGAAAGAAUGGCAAAUCCGUUGGUUGGAAGGUAG